AUGCUUAUCGACGGUCAAAAGUGGGCGUGUGAAGCUUGCAUACGAGGUCACCGUGUGUCAAGCUGCAAACAUCAUGAUCGACCGUUGAUCCGCAUAAAGCGCAAAGGUCGCCCCUUCGCAACCUGCUCCAUCUGCAACUCAACCCCAUGCAAAUCCCCAACAGACCACGCGCGCCAGAAGCGCGAGUCAGAACUCAAACAUCCAAAAAAAGCUUCCCACGCUAGACUUUAUCCCCGGCAUCACAAUCCGCACGGGUUCCUGCCCAUUGCCCCGAGACCGAUCUCCGGGGCUACGAAACGGGACUCGGGGAGGGUCGAGAGAUCUGGUUCGCAGUCUACUACCUCGGCGGAUGAUUCGACAAAUUCUCAUUCCAAUUCAAAUCCAAAUUCAAAUAUGAAUACCGAGAGACGAAAUACUGGCGUUACGGAUCCCGGCGAAACUUAUGCGGUGGGAUAUUGGUCCGGCUCGGAGGAGGGAGCCUCUGGGAAUGAGUCAUCUGGUCGAACAAGGUCUGGUGCUGGUCUUGUUGCUGCUGGGAGUACUGCUGCUACCAGUCAGAGUGAUAGGCCUGCUCAGAACCUUUCAAGUCCGGUUUCCAGAACGGGAACAACAACGUCUGUGAUGGAUCCCUCUGUGAUAGGGAACACCAUCUUUGAUCCCAUGUAUUCCCUGCUUCCUCCUUCGUCUGUUGCACUGACGCAAUCCGGUUCCUCGUUGGUCAGUCCGCUCGAUGGGGCUAAUCCCUUUGAUUUCCCCUUGGAUCCUUCAUUGGCUGCUGGUGGUACACUGGGGUGCUUGGAGGAUAUGGAUUUGGAUAUCACAGAGGGACUGGAGGAGGUCUUUCAUGUGGAGGAUUGGUCACGGUAUAUGUGGUCGCCGGAGACUGGGUUUGAACAUUUGGAUAUGGGGUACCCCCCAAUGACGCGAUGA